UUCCUCGUAUGGUGUAAGCAAGCCCUAUAAUUAUUAUUAUUAAUAUUACCUAUAAUUACUAAUUACUAUUCAGUUUAUUCACUAUUGUGUAAGAACCAAGGAAGCUAUUCCGCCAGCUAUUGUAAUUGUUAUAUGUUUUGAAUUUUCUAUAGUAUCAAAAUGGCAGAUUCCGAAAAAAGUAAUGAUGCAGCUCUGGAAUGGUUGAAAUUGAAAACGGACAAAGGCCAAAAACCAGAUUAUCAAGUUAGAGCUGAAAUGGAAGAUGUUGGCAAUAAAUUUUUAAGGAAAUUUAAAGAAAACCCAUUAGUGCCUAUUGGUGCAUUGGUUACUGUUGGUUUUUUAGGUGUAGGUCUAAAAAGUAUGUAUGAUGGUAACAGAGUAAGAUCUCAAAUGAUGAUGCGAGGACGUAUUGCAGCUCAAGGAUUUACUUUAAUAGCUAUAUUGGGCGGUCUGUUUUAUCAAGGAAUGAAAGCAUUGAAAGAAACUGAAGAAGACACUCAUGUAACUGGUUUGAAAUAAUGAUUUUUGCCAAGUUACAUAUUGUUCUACAGUCCAAUUAUUUGUUUUAUUUUUUAUAACUUAUAAACUUAAUAUUUUACACAGAUUACUUAUUUGCACGCUAUUUAAAAAUUGGCGUUUGCAUUUAUCUUAUAGUUAUAUAUAUUAUUAGAUAAUUAUAAAAUAUAACGUCUUGAUUUGAAUAUCA